CGCGCCACCCGCGCGGUCUGUUGCGGUGACGUCGUCGCGCAGGGUUGCCAUGGCAGCUGCGUCGUGCGUCGCUAACGGUGACGCGGUUGGAUGCUCUUGGUGGACGACACUUCUCUGUCAGUUCUACCUGAUAGAGCCCAUGUGAAAGGUUGACCCCUUGCGGAGCUUUGAGAGGCAGACCUGACGAGGCUCUGGACUCUGCAACCAUGGAGAUGUCAUACCAGGCCAUCAAGACUGCCAACCAAGUCAGGGAGGCUGAUGAGCUCAGGACAGAAGCUCGCCGAAAAAAUCUGCUGGUCCUCAUUUUGCAUUACUUGACGGACAGCGGAUACAUGAGCACCGCUGGCGCCUUGGAACAAGAAACGAACGCAAGCUUGCGGCGCUACGAAGUGUGCGACAACGUGGACCUGGAGACCAUCAUGAUGGAGUACGAGUCAUACUACUACGUGAAGUUCCAAAAGUAUCCCAAAAUAACCAAGAAGCUGGGAGAGAACACGGAAAACUGCAGAUUUCCUUUGAAAUCCGGAGGAAAGCUGAGAAGAACAGUGAGCAAUGCGUCGCAGCCCCUGCCGCGGAUCGGCAUGAGCCAACGCCCGCCAUCCCAGUAUGGAGCCAAGAAGGCAGCGCAAGUAAAGGAUGGUGCUCGGCAGGAGGCCACUGAACAGCCUACUCCUGCCGAAGCGGAUUUCGGGUUGAAUGUAGCGCCGAUCGGCAGGACGAUGGGAGGAAGCGCCCCUCCUCACAGGCGUGGUCAAAUCAUCGACUUUCGAAGCAUGAUCGGAGAUGCCAUCCGUGCAGCCUCGGGAGAUAUCACCACCAGCUCCACUGGAUUGUCUCCCGACCCUCCGGAUCGUCUGCUGAAGCCGCUCGGUGCGUUUGCGGGGAUGACAGGAGAAAUGAGGGAGCUGGCUUCCAUUAUCAGCAGAGAUAUUUAUCUGCAAAAUCCCAACGUUAGGUGGGAUGACAUCAUCGGCCUUGAUGCAGCCAAGCGUCUGGUAAAAGAAGCUGUUGUCUAUCCAAUUAAGUAUCCGCAGCUUUUCACCGGCAUUCUCUCACCAUGGAAAGGCCUCCUGCUAUAUGGGCCACCAGGCACCGGCAAGACAAUGCUGGCUAAAGCAGUGGCCACUGAGUGCAAGACGACCUUCUUCAACAUCUCCGCCUCCAGCAUAGUCAGCAAGUGGCGGGGAGACUCGGAGAAACUUGUCAAGGUGCUAUUCGAGCUGGCUCGGUACCAUGCGCCAUCUACGAUUUUCCUGGACGAGCUGGAGUCGGUCAUGGGGCAACGUGGUGCUGGCGGUGCUGGUGGCGAACACGAGGGCAGCCGUCGCAUGAAAACAGAGCUGCUCGUUCAGAUGGACGGCCUGGCACGCUCCGACGACCUUGUGUUUGUGUUGGCGGCAUCAAACCUGCCCUGGGAGCUGGACCACGCCAUGCUGCGGCGGCUGGAGAAGCGAAUCCUCGUGGACCUGCCCAGCGCGGCGGCCCGGCGUGCCAUGAUCUUGCACCACCUUCCACCCGUCAACUCCGGCACGGGGCUGGAGAUCCGCACGGAGCUGGACUAUGAGCAGCUGGCUCAGGCGACAGAGGGUUACUCGGGGUCGGACAUCCUGCUCGUGUGCAAGGAGGCGGCAAUGCGGCCCGUUCGCAAGAUCUUCGACGCGCUGGAAAGCCACCGGCCAGAGGAAGCCCUGCCGGCGCUGUGCCUGGACACGCUGCACACGGGCGACCUGCUGGACGUGCUGGCGCACACCAAGCCAUCCGCUCGGACCCUCUGCGCACGCUACACUGAGUGGCAGCGCGAGUACGAGUCCGUGUGAAACCUCCACGUCCGGGCCACCGCGACAUCACCCUCUAGUCUCGGCUCUGACCGACAGCGUCCUCUGCUGAAGAGAGAACACUUGCCAUUGGACGUAAGGGAAGAGGCCCUGGGACACGUUCCUCUGUGACCAGUGAUGGCUUUUCACCUGUAAAGCUAGCAAACAACCUGCUUUGGCUGUUAGUCCAGGUUUUUAGAAAAGCUGUACCGGUGUCCCGAAGCAUUGGUCAAAAAAAUCAGGAUUUAAUUCCAGUUUAACAUUUUCUGGCCGCGUGUUCAACUCGAGUUGUGGUCAAAGGAUGGGGCUACCCGAGUAGUUGACGGGCAUUGGCAGAGAGGUAGGUAUGAACUGUAGGCAGGACCAACGUCAGAAAGAAGCAAGCCACUCACCAUGUGAGAGCAGGGCUAGUAACUGAGUGGACGUGGCAAUGUUAAGAGUGGCCAGGGCUGACAGCGGUAGGAGCUAGGAGCUUACCAAGUGUCCUGGAUGAGCUUCCCAGAAAUGUGGUAGCUCUAACUCGCGUGUGUGUGUGAUGCGUGUGGGUGCGAGGCUGCCACCAAAGCUCACCGACGUGUGAAAUUUGCCGUGUUGCUAUGCUAUGCGAGACUCACUGCCUAGGUUUUGUUUGAAAAUAAUAAUGAAAAUAGUCGAGGCGACGCAGAAUAACGAGCACAAUUCGGCGUCAGUGCACCUUUGCUGUGGCAGAAGGGGCAAUGUGCUUUAUCGGUAGCGGUAAGGCGAAUGACUGGUAAGCGAUGAUGCACAAGCGAGCUUUUCUUACUACCUGCGUGUUGCUGCACUUUGUUCCAAUUCAUGUUCAUUGCCUUCCCUUCAGGGGUGAAACCCUAAUUAAGCUGUACGUGGUGCAUUGCAGACAUUACACUCAGUGGCCUAGCGCCGUUGGCAUGGGUCCUGGUGCAUGGAAUGAAAUGCUCCCCCCUUUAUAAUUUCCCUCCACUUUUUUAGUCCGGUGCCUGGGCCCCUCCGGUCCAUUGGCCCCUGUGCACUUGUACCGCCCACACACACGAUAGCUACGCUCACAAUCUCUCUCUCCAUCUCUCUUCCCGGAAUUAAAGCGCUACAAAAAAUAAAUCCAUAGUCAAAACUAUCUCAGUACCUCGUACAAUCCAGUACUGGAAUCCCUACAGUGAGGUAAAAAAGUAUUUGAUCCCCUGCUGAUUUUGUACGUUUGCCCACUGACAAAGAAAUGAUCAGUCUAUAAUUUUAAUGGUAGGUUUAUUUGAACAGUGAGAGACAGAAUAACAACAAAAA